AUGCUGGUGGCCUUCUUCGUCCCCGCCGCGGUGGAGGAGUACGCCAAGCAGGCGGCCGUGCUCGAGCCCACCAACCUCUCCCUCGAGGCGCUCACGGCGGACGGCGUGCGCGUGAGGGUGCAGGCCGACUUCCAGCUCGACGGGUCCCGGGUGCGGGAGGAGAAUACGCGCCGCAUCGGCCGGGUGGCGACGUGGCUUGUCGGCUCCCUCACCACGGAGGAGACGCGCGUGGCCGUCUACCUCCCCGAGUACGACAACAUCUUGUUGGGCACCGCGGCGCUGCCCCCGCUGACGGUGCACAUCGCCGACGGUUACACUACCUCGAUCGACAUGGUUGCCGAGCUGGCUCCCGGCGACACCGACGGCAUCCGCUCGGCCGGGGUGAUCCCUCUAGGGACGCACUCCCUCGCGGAGUCCCUCUCUGUUGAAGCCAACCAACUGCCAACUCUACCAGCGUAUAACAUUUCCCAACUGAGUUUCUACGAUAUUCCGGGUACGAACCGGGCCGUAGGCGCCAAUGUCACCAUCACGUCGUAUAAUAAAUACCCGGUCGACCUCGUGGUACCGGAGCUGGGUUUCGAUGUUCUUGUGCCUAACUGCGAUGAGACGGAGCCCCUCAUUCCCGUAGCCGUGGCCAUCUCAGAGCCCGUGCCUGUGCACGCCAAGUCCGCUGUCGAGGUCACCAUUCACAGCGCUGUUGAGAGGCUCCCGGAUGACCUAGUCCGCACAUGCCCAGGCACAGGCUCGUCCCCUCUCGAUGACUUUGUCCGUCGCUACCUUGACGGGAAGCCAGCCGACGUCGUUGUCAGGGGCAGGAAGCUCCCCAGCUCUAGCACGCCGGCCUGGGUUGGCGAGAUAUUGUCGAGCAUUGCCGUUCCACUCCCGGAUCCCUUGGCCGAUCCGGAUGACGAGGACUCGGAUCCCACGGUCUCAGGAACCAUUCGUGUGGUGGUGGCGCUUCCCAAGGAGCUCAACGUGGACAUCGACGUCUCGAACCUCAAGGCGACGGCUGACGUGUUUUACAAGAAGCGGCCGUUUGGAACGCUAAAGAUUGAGGACUGGCAGCGGGCGAACUCGACAAAGCUCAAUGAUCCAGCGAGCGGAGAGACGACGCUGGAGGUCAACUCGCGGGUGGAGGACGUGCCUCUCCACAUCACCGACUCGGCCGUCUUCACUCAGGUUAUGCAAGCGUUAAUCUUUGGCAACCGGGACGUGAUGCUCGACGUCAAGGCUCUGGUGGACAUCAAGGUGGAUACGGCGCUCGGCGAGCUGGUGCUCAACAAGGUCCCGACCAAGGGAAACAUACCAGGACUCGAUCGAUGGACUCCAACCUACGGUCAGCGCGGUCAGGGUGCUGAAGACGACCAAGUCGGCGAUACACAUCGAGGCGCGGGUCAACGUGACGAACCCGACGCCGUACUCUGCCACGGUCCCUUACUUUACGAUUUACGUGAUGAAGAAUGGCUCGGUCAUUGGCGACGCAACCAUUCGAGGCGCCCGGAUCGUGCCGGGCAAGAACGAGAACUUGCUCGUGUCUGCAGUUACAUCUCGGGACACAACAUUACGAUUGCCGCCAAAGCGCACCGUGGUAGCAUACCCGCGGCGCCGGCCAUUGGCGAGGCGCUCUCCGGGCUCGACAUCGAGGUAUCGGCGCCGCACCUAAACCUGCCCUCGGACGACCCUGAUGACAAGGGCCGAUUCAUCCGGGACGCGACCUUCCACGUGUUCUCGUCGACGGCGACGUUUACGCUGGUGUCUCCGUUUGAGUACAAUACGCUGCUCCUCGAGUGGGUCAACGCGACGGCAUACUACAACCACACGGAGCCGGUGGGUCGCAUCGAGUACGACGAGGCGUUUGCGGUGCCCCCGGGUUGA